AUGAUACAACUUUUAGCCAUUUGCCGGGAAAUAUAUCUUGUAAAUCCGAAAGACGGAGAAUAUAAAAAAUUUAAUUCAGAUGAUUGGAUUGCAACGACAGCGGCGACAUUACUUCCUUCAACUCGUAAAGUUUAUAUCACGACAUCAUUUAAUAAUCUUUGGGAAAUUUCUUUAGAUAAUGAAGAGGCAAGAAAGAUUAGCUGGGACGGGUGGGGAACUUGCAACGCUUUGGUUGCGGUUCCAAAUGGUGGAGAUAAAAUGUUCGCAUUUUGUCAUAAACUUUGGUUAAUUGAUGAUCCAAGUACAGGUCAUUGUGUGGAUUUUCUAGGAGGAUUUACGGACGUUUGGACAAGAGUUAACGCUGCAACGGUUGUAGGUCAAAAGAUUUUUGCCACCACUUCGGCAAAUAAUUUAUGGUGCGUUGAUAGUACUGGUAAGGAUGAACCAAAAAAAUUGGGAGGUGGCUCGGAUAAUUGGUCAACUUGUAGAGCUUUGGUCGAAGUUGACGGUAAAUUAAUCGCUUUUUGUUAUGGAUUAUGGGAAGUUAACAUUCAAAAUGGCAAGAGCGCACCUUUUUUUGAUACCGAUUCUCCUGAUAAUUCUGAUGAUUCUAAAAGAUCUUGGUCAAAUGUAAAGUCGGCUACCGUUAUUGAUCAUAACGUUUAUGUCGUGGCCGGAACUCAAUUGCUUGAAUUAGAUACCAUUCAUAAAAAAGUUAGAGAAAUUGGUAACGAUAAUUGGGGAACCGUAAGAGCCUUAGUUGCUGUUGAUAUUUAA